AUGUCGUCCGAGCGGCAGCUGCACAACUUGGGUCUGUUAAGAAGGACCAACGGAGCCUCGUAUAUUCCUGGAACAGCACCGAACGCUGCAGGGAAUGAAGACGAUGAUGUAAAGAUGGGCGUGCUCUCGGUUCUGAAGACUCUUAUCAUUCCAGCGCUCAUCUCCCUCAUCCUCUAUCUUGUCAUAUCCUAUGCUGUGAUCCCAACAUGGAAACGAUAUCACGGGCGGUACAGUCAGUAUCUGCCGUUGGAAACCAUCAGCACCCGGACCACCUCCUGGCGACAACGAAUAGGGAGUUUCCUGAUUAAGAGUAUACUACCCUCGACGUGGAGGACUGAUUUCGGCCGAAAUGGAUUCGCGGUGAACGGACAGGACGGCAGUGAUUUCGAUGAAGAGGAGGGUGAGGAGUUGUAUGAAGUUGAUGAGAAUAGGAGAGAGGCGUUGUCGUUAGAUGCACGAAGAGGACGAAAUGAAGAUGGAAGCCGGCUCUCUCGGGAUUUGGAAGAAGGAUUCAAAGACGAUAGCGAGGAUGAGGAUGAAGACGGCAUACCGGAUGAAAGACAGGGAAGGACACUAUCUCGAUGA